AUGGGCGAUGAAUUACGAGCUGGUGAUGAUGACGAUGUGCGGCGAGAUAAAAAAUUCGAAUUCGAGUUUACUGACACCUAUAGACCAACCAAAGGUGUACGAAUUGUUGAAUUUGAAAGUCACGAAUUUCUAACUAAAGACGGAAAAUCGCCAGGAAAUGAAGAGAAAAAUAUGAGAAGCAUAAAUGUUGAAAUUCAGCUUUGGGAUGUCAGCGGAGAUCGAAAGUACGCAGAAUGUUGGCCAGCAAUCAAGAGAGAUGCUAAUGGAGUGAUUUUGAUUGCAAAUCCUGAAGAACAUACUGGAACCGACUUGUUAGAAUGGUACAGCGAAUUUGUUGAGAAGGAAGGUCUUGAAGCAAGAUCAGUGCUAGUUCUACUAAACGAGCAAGGUCCCAAGAAAACAAAUCAUGAGCUUGUGUCUGCGUUUAAAAUUCUUCCACAAUUACGCAAUGUCCAUCAUAUUGCAUGCCACUUUGCAACGGAAGGAGCUAGUGUCAAACAAGAUGUCAACAAUUUUCUUAUAAAUAUUCUGUUUCAAGACGAGGAAACUAGAAAAAAACAGAAUGUCAGAGAAGAAUCAAAGUUUUUAGUAGACGAUAUUGAAGAAGAUGACUUUUAA